AUGGAUAGCUUAUAUGGCGAUUUGCCUCCCCCAGUUUCUACCAAAAAUAACAAUGUAAAAAACAAUGAUAAUAAUAAUUCUUCCAGCGAAGUAAAAAGUGAUAAUUAUAUUGAACUAAAUAAGUAUUUAAUAACCCCAUCUAUAAUUCAAAAAAAAAUAGCAAACAUAAAAAAUGUGAAUAAAGAACUUGAAACAGGGAAAACAUAUGAGAAUCCCACAAAGAAUAAUAAUAUUGAUAAUAAUGGUGAAAAUAGUGAUGUAAAAAAAAAACCUUCAAAAAAAAUAGAAAUUAUAAAUAUAAAUCAGUCUAUUCAAGAUGACCUAAAAAAGAUUAGCGGCAUGCUGAAAAAAAUGCAUCAUGGAACUCAUGAUGAAAAUGCUUUAGCUAAUAAAAGGAACUACCAAGAAAAACAUUCCAAUCGCGAUUUGUAUGGGGAUAUAAAGAGUAACAAAUUGUAUGAAGGUUUCAAAAAUAACAAUUUAAAUAGAGACUUUAAAAAUUCAGGUGAACAUUUUACAGACGAGUUAUACGAUAAAUACUUCAUUGCAAAUGCUAAUGAAGAUUAUGACCCUAGCAAGCCAAAUGAUUUAAAUAAAAUUAUAAAAGAAAGAAAAAGGAAAAAAAUUAUUUUGUUAGCUGCACACAAAAAAAAAAUGGAAGAAGAAAAAGAAAAUGAAAGACAUCAAAUGGAAAACAAUAUGUUCCCAUUUGUGCAAGAUGAUCAAAAAUCAAUAAAUAAUAUAAAUGAUAGAAAAAUAAAAAUUAAACCAUUAAUAGGAGAUCAUACUAUAUCACAAAAACUGAUAGGCACUAAUGGACUGAAUGAUAAUAAAAUGGAUGAUCAAAAAAAUAUUUAUAAUAAUUUAUAUGAAAAUAAUAUGUCAAACACAAUAGAAAAUAAUGACGUAACUGCACAAAACUCAAACGAAAAUGUUAAUGAGCAAGCACCUGUGAAAAAGGAUUUCGCUACAAGAAUGAUGGAAAAAAUGGGUUGGAAAAAAGGAGAAGGUUUAGGAAAAGAUAAACAAGGUAUUAAAGCUCCAUUAAUUUUGCAAAAGAUCGAUAAAAGAAGUGGUGUCAUAGUACAAGCCCCAAUUAUUUUGAAGAAAAAUGAACUAGCUAACGAAAAAAAUAAUGAUUCAUAUGAUGAUAAAACUGACGCAGCUAAUUCUACUAAUACCACAUUUACUCGAAUUAUCCAACUAACUAAUCUUGUCACUGUCGAUGAAGUUGAUGAUACAUUGAAAGAAGAAAUCGAAGAAGAGGCAUCAAAAUUUGGAAAUUUAUUAAAUAUAAACAUUGUUACAGAUCCAAAUUUAUCUGAUGCUCUUGCUGUUAAAAUAUAUUGUGAAUAUGAAUCGAGCGACCAAGCAAAAAAUGCAUUCACCACAUUUAAAGAAAGAACAUUUUCCGGCAGAAAAGUUAAAGUUUCUUUUGUGGAUGAACAAGAAUAUUUAUCACAGGGAUAA